AUGCGUGAAAUUUGUGCUUUUAAAAUCCAUGGUCAAGAAAUGCCCUUUGAAGCUGUAGUGCUAAACAAGACAUCCGGAGAAGGUCGGCUCCGAGCAAAAAGCCCAAUUGACUGUGAACUCCAGAAGGAGUACACAUUCAUCAUCCAGGCCUACGACUGUGGGGCGGGACCUCAUGAAACCAACUGGAAGAAAUCUCACAAGGCAGUGGUCCACAUUCAGGUGAAGGAUGUGAAUGAGUUUGCACCAACUUUUAAGGAGACCAUAUAUAAGGCUGUGGUGACUGAGGGGAAGAUCUACGACAGCAUUUUGCAAGUGGAAGCCAUAGAUGAAGACUGUUCUCCCCAGUAUAGCCAGAUAUGCAAUUAUGAAAUCGUCACAAGUGAUGUGCCUUUUGCCAUUGACAGAAAUGGUAAUAUCAGAAACACAGAGAAACUCAGCUAUGAUAGACAACACCAGUAUGAGAUCAUGGUCACCGCCUUUGACUGUGGCCAAAAACAUGCAACAGAAAAUGUCAUGGUGCAAGUGGAUGUGAAACCUGUCUGUAAACCCGGCUGGCAAGACUGGGCCAAGAGAAUCGAGUACAAGCCUGGUUCAGGGAGUAUGCCCUUGUUUCCCAGCAUCCACCUGGAAACUUGUGAUGGGCCCGUUUCCUCCAUCCAGAUAACCACAGAACUACAGACUAAUUCCAUUGGAAAGGGCUGUGACAGAGAGACAUACUCAGAGAAAUCUCUUCAGAAGUUAUGUGGAGCUUCCUCAGGAGCCAUAGACCUCUUGCCUUCUCCCAGUGCGGCCACCAACUGGACAGUCGGACUUCUGGUGGAUAAUAAUGACAUGAUCUUCAGAUUCGACGGCAAGCAGGGUGCCAAGAUUCCAGAUGGGAUUGUCCCCAAGAAUUUAACAGACCAGUUCACGAUCACCAUGUGGAUGAAACACGGCCCGAGCCCUGGAGUGAGAGCAGAAAAAGAAACCGUUCUCUGCAAUUCAGAUAAAACCGAAAUGAACCGACAUCACUAUGCCCUCUAUGUGCAUAACUGCCGCCUCGUCUUCCUUUUGCGGAAGGACUUUGACCAAGCAGAUACUUUUCGACCAGCAGAAUUCCACUGGAAGCUGGAUCAGAUUUGUGACAAGGAGUGGCAUUACUACGUCGUCAAUGUGGAGUUUCCUGUGGUCACCUUAUACAUGGAUGGCACGACAUAUGAGCCUUACCUCGUGACAAAUGAUUGGCCCAUUCACCCAUCACAUAUAGCCAUGCAACUCACUGUUGGCGCAUGCUGGCAAGGAGGCGAAGUCACAAAACCACGGUUUGCUCAGUAUUUCCACGGCAGCCUGGCCAGUCUCACAAUCCGCCCAGGAAAAAUUGAGAGUCAGAAAGUGAUUUCCUGCUUGCAGGCCUGCAAGGAAGGGUUGGAUAUUAAUUCCCUGGAGAGUCUUGGCCAAGGAAUAAAGUAUCACUUCAACCCUUCCCAGUCAGUUCUUGUUAUGGAAGGAGAAGACAUCGGGAAUAUAAAUCAGGCUCUCCAGAAAGUGUCCUACAUCAACUCCAGGCAAUUCCCCACCGCAGGAGUCAGGAGGCUCAAGGUGUCAUCAAAAGUCCAAUGUUUUGGAGAAGAUGUCUGCAUUAGUGUUCCAGAUGUAGAUGCCUAUGUGAUGGUGCUGCAAGCCAUAGAGCCUAGGAUCACCAUUAGUGGAACAGACCACCUUGUGAGGCCAGCUGCCCAGUUUGAAAAUGCUAGAGGGGUGACUCUCUUUCCUGAUGUCAAGAUUGUGAGCACCCUUGCCAAAGCAGAGCCACCAGGAGACUCAAAGGAAGAAGACCAAGCCCCAAAGCAUGUGCUCUUAGAGGAAAUGCUCCACAACCUGGACUUCUGUGACAUUUUGGUGAUGGGAGAAGAACUUGAACCUGGACAGGAGUGCCUAGAGCUAGACUAUGGUGAGCUGCGGGAAAGACAUCUGGAUGCCACCAACUCCACAUCAGGCUAUUCUAUCUAUGGUGUGGGCACAAUGACCAGCUAUGAGCAGGUCCUUCGCCAAGUCCGCUAUCGCAACUGGCACCCAGCCAGCCUGGAUGAGCGAAAGUUCCAGAUCAAGUGCUCCGAGCUCAACGGACGUUAUACUAGUAAUGAAUUUAACUUAGAGGUGAAUGUUCUGCAUGAGAUCAACCCAGAUACAGAGCACGUCAACGACAUGGUUGUGCAGCCUCAGUUCCUCCAGUCCAUCCAUCAUUCAGAGCCUGAAAUAAGUAGCAUGCGUAAUUCAGUCAUUCCCAGCAUUGCCACAGUGGUCAUAAUCGUCUGUGUUGGAAUGCUGGUGUUUGUUGUAGCCAUGGGUGCGUACCGAAUCCGAGCGGCACACCAGCACUGCAUACAGGAGAGUGAAUCAACCAAAGAAAGUGAAAUGGAUUGGGAUGACUCUGCACUUACUAUCACUGUCAAUCCCAUGGAGAAAUAUGAAGAACCAGGUCAUGUGGACGAGGAGAGUGAGGAAGAGGAGGAGGAAGAGGAAGAAGUAGAAGAAGACAGUUCCAGUGAUGACUCAGAUGACAGUGAAGAAGAGGAGGAAGAGAUUGGCAAGGGCAGAAGUGGUCAGAAUGGUCCCAGGCAAGCCCAGCUGGAAUGGGAUGAUUCAACACUCCCUUACUAGACUAGCCCAUGGUCCCAGGUGUAUCCCUUUUGUAAACACCAAUACAAUGUAUUCCUGAGUCCAGUUAUACAGAGACUAUGAAUUUGAUGACAGGAUUUGGAUAGCCUUGCUCAGCACAGCUUCCUAUAAUAACUUGACCCUUUGCUCCUAGGGGCUGAGAAGACCCAGGAAAGCACAGAUGACCCAGAUAAGUCCCACAUUGUAAGUGAGAUCUCUAGACUUAGCUUGCCCAUCUCUUCUCCCCAAAUGCCUCUCUCCAUUUCCUGUGAGCUCACCAAAUUCCUGUCAUUCAAUCCAUAGAGUUUUGCCUUUGCUAUUUUUUCAUAUAGGAAGGUUCUCCGCUUCUGAUGUUAUUUAUUUCUGCCAGGUCAAAUGCUCCCCCUUGCCCUUGGGUAUCACUACACUGUGUUUCUGACUAAAGAUUCUACUUUGAUCACAGUCCAGCAUUGUGACUGGGUGAGUGGCAGUGGGUAAAUUAUGCUCAUGGUUACCUCUUCUUACCUCUUUGAAAGGUCAAUGUUAUAUGCAGUAGGGUUGGUUGAACUUCAUAACCCAAGAUUAUAUUGUUAAGGAGACAAGAUACACUUAUUAUAAAGGGAUUUGGGGGGGAGGGGGAGGGAGAAGGAAUAUUACCUACCACCUUCUCUCCAGGGCCUAUCAUUGUUUAUUGUUGGUCACGAGCAGUGGAACUGACCUCCAGCCAUAGAUGUGAGACCCUACAAUGAGCAUUCUCAGAUCUGUACAGUUGUACUGCUACAGAAUCUGACUGCAUAAUGCUACCCCAGCUGGGAACCAUGGAUGCCGAGACCACUGUUUCUACAGACUAGAAUUUAAGGAAGGUGGGAAUAAAAACAAAAUCCAGGCAAAG